AUGGAAAGCAAUUGCAGCGUGUUGGUGUCGGACAACAGCAGCGGCUUUAUCACUGGACAACUGUCAUGGCACCACAUCUUUGAAGAGGUUGAAUUCAUGCUUUUAGAGAUCAAGCGUGGCUACAUCGUCAUCGGCGAGGUGUCUAGAGGGCCCCGACUGUUUGGCCGCACCUGUUGGCGCAUGGUGGGAGAAGACCAGCGCCCCUCGGAGGUCUUGAAGGGCCAACGGCUUCACUUCGUGCGCCCGGGCUGGGUCUCCGUGGCGUCCGGCGCCGACGGCCUGGCAGUGCUGCAUGCGCAACAGGUUUUACCCCCAAAGGCCCCACCUGAGCCGAGUGAGGGGCUCGAGGGGGAAGAGCAGAGGCAUCGAGAUUCGGUGGGCCCCUUGGAAAGCUCCGGGAAACGGCCCUCUGUGGUGCCCAAGUUGGAUUUCAGCCAGCUCAAGGGAAGAAGACAGGCGGAUGGAUGUUCUCCCGUGUCGGUGGAUGCCGCCCUGAAGCUGGUGGAAGGUGAGCAAAAUGAGGCGAAGGUCUUGGGUGCCACUUUGCUGCUCCGUCACCAUAACAAGCUGCUGCUGAAUGUGAAGGGUUACUCUGAGCGCUCGCGCUUGAGAGUCGCCCUGGGCGCCCAUUUUUUGUGCAGGCUUCUUCAGUCAUCAGUACCCUUGCAGCGCUUGGCCUUGGGAUUGAUGGCUGUGCUGCUGGCUGGCACAGAGGAAGAGGCACAGCAGGCGGCUCUUGGACUGCUGGAGGUCGUUCCCUUUUUGGUGGCCUGUGCUUCCAAAUCAGAGAAACUUGCUGCAUUUGGUGCGACAGUAGGCAUCCAGACAGGUCCAGAAGAAUUUUGUGAAACCUUGGGUUUGUUGAAGAGGCUCCUGGAUUUGUCGCUGCCUCAGUGGCUGAAUUUGAUCUCACCUUUCUGCGGUCUGACCGAACUCCUCUUCGCACGCGACUUGAACGGCGAGGAGAAUCCUGACAAGGAUCUCUCAGCUUUGCUGGAGACAGUGAUUUUGGCCCAAGCCUCGGCAGUCGGGAUGUGUUUGGCAUAUCCCCUGGGGAAAGGCCAUGACAAACCCAGGAGCCUUGUUUUCGCGGCACCAGCUGUCAAACAGCGGCAGCUCGGUCGACCCCUCGCUUUUAGUAUUUGGGCUACGUUUCGGGCCUUAGGGCCCUAG